CACGGCGGUUUCUCUAUUCUCGCCGUCGCACUCAGCCACCUGCACCUCCCAGACCUUCACCAACAACAAGCUCUACGCUUUCUGCAACGACCUGCCCUUCCUCAACUCCUACCUCCAUUGGUCCUACGAUCCGGCCCAGUCCACCCUUUCCAUCGCCUUCAUUUCCCCUCCGGCGCGGCCCCAUGGAUGGGUUUCGUGGGCCAUCAACCCGACGAGCACCGGCAUGGUGGGCUCGCAGGCCCUCGUUGCUUUCAGGGAUGCCAAGGGUGAAAUGACGGUUAAGACGUAUAAUGUCUCCGUGUAUGGCCCGUUAACGGAGUCUAAGGUGUGGUAUGAGGUGAAGGAGUCGUCGGCGGAGUUUUCCGGCGGGUUGAUUAGGCUUUUCGCCACUCUGGUUCUGCCGGAAAAGGAGAAGACGACGGUGAAUCAUGUCUGGCAAGUGGGGCCCUCUGUGACUGAUGGGGUGCCGGAUAAGCAUGAGUUUCAGCCUGCGAAUUUGAAUUCCAAAGGCAGCCUUGAUUUGUUGAGAGGACAGAGCGAUGGAGCCAGCGGAGGUGACUCCAGAACCCAGAAGAGGAAUAUCCAUGGGAUACUGAAUGUUGUGAGCUGGGGAAUUAUGUUUCCGAUCGGGAUCAUUAUUGCAAGAUACUUGAGGACGUUUCCAUCUGCCGAUCCAGCAUGGUUUUAUCUACACAUUUCCUGCCAGGUUUCUGCCUAUGCCAUUGGAGUUGCUGGUUGGGCAACUGGUCUUAAACUUGGAAGUGAAUCGAAGGGUGUUACAUAUUAUAACCAUCGAAAUAUUGGGAUUGCUCUCUUUGCUCUUGCAACAGUGCAGAUAUUUGCAUUGCUAUUGAGACCUAACAAGGACCACAAGUAUCGGUUUUACUGGAACAUCUACCAUCACGGAUUUGGAUAUGCAAUUCUCACCCUUGGCAUCAUCAAUGUGUUCAAAGGUUUGAACAUAUUACAGCCUGAACAAAAGUGGAGAGAUGCAUAUAUCAUUGUGAUUGCAGUAGUAGGAGGCAUUGCUGCAUUGUUGGAAGCAAUCACUUGGACUAUCGUUCUAAGGAGAAAAAGGAAGACGAAGAAUGAUAAGUCAACCAAAGCUUAAGAUGGCUGCAAUGACCAACGGCAGGCAAGAACCUCUGGCCCCAAUGAUCAAUUGGAUUUAUGUGUAUUCGUAUUGUUGCACAUUAUCAUAUUGCCCAUCUGUUGGCAUAAAUUCUUGGUGGCUGACUCAUUUGUAUUGUGCAAUUUUCAUUUUGGAGCGGUGGCAUGUACAGUAGUUUACGUAAUUUAUGGAGUAGACAUCCUUAUUAUUGGAGCUUGUACUUUGUUUGCUGGGAUGUCCGAUUGGGGUAUGUGAGUCGAUGUUAUCACAAACUAGAGAAACAGUGUACAGCGUCUGAGACGCAAUCCUCUCCCUUUCUGAACAUUGAUUUGAUGGGGUGAAUGAAUGAAGACAGUUUAUGAUGCUUAA